CUAGCGACAGCUGCCAGUGCGUCUCUACACAUCGGACAAGCGCAUCCACAAUGGCAGAUGUGGGCGGGCCGUCCGCGUCGCACAACCAUGUCAACGGGAAGGCGGCCGUCAAUGGAGCGUCAGGCAAGGAUGCGGCGCCACCGAAAAGUAAGAAUGCCAAGCGGCGGGCCAAGAAGAAGGAGCAGCGAGAGAUGUCUGCAACACCUGCGCCUUCAGAGCCUGAGACAGAUUCUGGAAAGGCGCCACAGGCUGGAGCGCCGCCGCUGUCGACGAUUGACUUUACCGAGGACGAAAAUGAUGAGGCAUACAAGCAGUUUGCAGACGUCUUUGCAAAGUUCCAGCAGCCAGAGGCAUCAACAAGCGCCGAGGGUGCCGAGGGCCCAAAUAAAGGCGAGGUCAUCUAUUCCGACGACGACAUGAUGUCCGAGUCAGACGAGGACGAGGAGAAGAAACGGGAAAAGAUCAAGCUGAGCAAACGGAAGCAGCGACAGCUUCGACGGCUCACUGUGGCGGAGCUCAAGCAGAUGGUCAAGAAGCCCGAGGUGGUUGAGUGGGAAGAUGUGACGGCGAUGGACCCACGGAUCCUGAUCCAGCUCAAGAGCACGCGGAACACGGUGCCGAUCCCACCGCAUUGGAGCCUCAAGCGCGACUAUCUCCAGAACAAAAAGGGUAUCGAGAAGCCGCCGUUCCAGCUGCCGUCAUACAUUGCUGCGACGGGCAUUGCCGAGAUGAAGGACGCGCUGAAAGAGAAAGAAGGCGACCAAUCACUCAAGGCAAAGACGCGGGAGCGUGUGCAGCCCAAGAUGGGCAAGAUUGCCAUUGACUACCAGAAGCUCCAUGACGCCUUUUUCCGCUUCCAGACAAAGCCGGAGUCGCUCACGGGGUACGGCGAAGUGUACUACGAAGGAAAGGAGUUUGAGACCAAGUUCAAGGAGCGCAAACCGGGUGAGCUGAGCGACGAGCUCAAGGAGGCGCUCAGCAUUCCACCCUUGGCCCCACCGCCGUGGUUGAUCGCCAUGCAGCGGUAUGGACCGCCUCCGAGCUAUCCACAGCUGAGAAUCCCGGGUCUCAACAUCCCCAUUCCUGAGGGCGCCCAGUGGGGUUUCCACCCGGGUGGAUGGGGCCGGCCGCCGAUGGACGAGUACGGACGUCCAUUGUACGGCGAUGUCAUGGGCGAAGGCGGCGAGGCGGCCGCCGAGAGCCAACGGCAGGCCGAAGCGUACGCCCAGCCGAUAGAGAAGGAGCCCUGGGGCGAGCUGGAGCCAGAGGAGGAUGAAGAGGAAGAGGAGGAGGAAGAGGAGGAAGAAGAAGAGGAAGAGGAGGAGGAAGACGACAGGCAGGACGCGAUGGACACGCAGGAUGGAUUGCAAACGCCGAGCGGCAUGGAGACACCCGGAGGCCUGCAGUCGGUUGCGUCGACGGUGCCGGGCGGGUUGGAGACGCCCGACUUUAUCGAGCUUCGAAAGGGCUCGAGAGCAGCUCCUCCGCAGGCUGGGCCUCCACCAUCGGGCCCGCCCAGGCAGCUGUUCCAGGUGCUGGAGGAGCGGAGCGUGCAGGGCGGCGCUGGCUUCAUGCCGAGCGAGCGAGGGUACGAUAUGGCUCAGCUUCAGCAGCAGCAGCAGCAGCAGCAGCACAAUGCGCCCGUGCUUGGCGCAGAGGACGUCGGGACGAAGCGGAAACGCGGCGGCGCACACGACGUCGAUGUUGCGCUCGACCCCAGCGAGCUCGAGGGCAUGAGCGAGGAACAGCUCCAGCAGCGCUACGACGACGCAAGGCGGGCACAGACGAACAAGGGAGCCUCGUCGGGGGCAGAUCAGGACCUGUCGCUCCUGCGAGAAGAGCUCCAGAGAAAGCGGACGGCAAAGGAGGCCAGAAGACGAUGAUCGGAGGUCUCUCUCUCUUGUACAAUUGACAACUGCAACUAUACUACACUUCAUCUU